GGAGGAGGGAAAAGAGGAGUGAUGGAGGAGAGAAAGAUGACACUGAGAAAAAGAGUGGAGAAAAGUGUGAGAGAGGAAGAGGAGGAAGAGGAGGAGAGAGGAGCGAGUGUGAAGAGACGGAGGAGAGUGAGGAGAGGAAACACCAAAUCUGGAGAGGGAGGAAGUGACCUCACUCCUGAAGCUCCGCCUCCAGUGACAUCACAGUUGAGGACGCGGGCGGAGUACAGGUGCAGCGAGUGUUCCAGAAUGUUCCGGAAGAAACGUGACCUGGUGGGUCACAUGAACCGCCACACGGGACACAAACCCUUUAAAUGUGACGAGUGUGGGCUGUCCUUCUGCAGGACCGAGACGCUCAAGAGACACAGGCCCAAGUGCAGCGGCUCCGAGGGGCUGUUCACCUGUGAGGUUUGUGGGCGGAGCUACACACACCGCGGUUACCUGCUCAUGCACGUGAACUCCGCCCACUCGGACCGCCGCCUCACAUGCACCGUGUGCGCGCGCACGUUUGUCCACAACUCCCACCUGCUCAGCCACAAGUGCUUCCACGUGAGGGAGGGGGGGGGAGGAACCGGCCCGGAGGAACCACGAGGGGACGAGGGACCAGGACACCACGAAGGAGACGAGACUCGAGGGGAGGAGUUAGGAGGCGAGGGACUAGGAGCCAUCGGAAGAGCCGACGAGGAAAGGAACAAAGGAAACGAGGAGGCACCUGGAGGAGACGAGGAGGAGACAAGCAAACAGAAGAAGAAGAAAGAUUGUCAGUUCAUGUGCAGUUUUUGUGGGAAAGUGUUCAGUCAGAACGGGAGUCUUUAUCGACACAGACGGAUCCACACGGGCGAGCGUCCUCACGUCUGUCCUCUGUGCGGGAAAACGUUCCCGUGGCCCGCCGACCUUAGGCGCCACCUGAGGUACCACUCGUCGGAGCGACCGUACGCGUGCGAGCUGUGCGGCCGCGCCUUCAUCGCCAACGAGGCCCUGAUCUCCCACCGCCGCACGCACAGCCAAACCAAACCCUUCAGCUGCUCCGUCUGCGCCAAACGAUUCACCAGGAGACACCAGCUCCAAGAACAUCUGAAGCUCCACACGCACGACCGACAGCACCCGUGUGACGUCUGCGGACACGUCUACCGCAAACAGGGGGCGCUACACAACCACCUGCGCAAACAACACGCACAACACACACAACACACACUCCGGCAGGAGGAGGGGGACGAGAGAGAGGGAGAGGACGAGGAAGAGGAGGAAAGACAGGAGGAAGGGGACGAGGAGGACGAAGAGAAAGAGGAAGAGAGGGAGGAGCAGAGGGAGGAGAGAGAGGGAUAGGAGGAGGAAGAGGAGGAGAUGAGGAGGAGAUGAAGAGGAGGAGAAAAGGAGGAGAUGAGGUGGAGGAGGAGAUGAAGAGAGGAGGUGGAGGAGGAGGAGAAGAGGAGGAGGUGGAGGCGAAGAGGUGGAGGAGAAGGGGGAGGGGUGGAGGAGGAGGAGGUUAAAGGGUCCAUGCCUCUGUUCUGUUCUGCUGUUGUUUUGUUUCUUUCAUGUUUGACACAAACCUGCACAUUUAACACCAGUUCUUCUCUCACACUGAAAACGCUCUGUUCCACCUCGUGAUGUCAUCAUGUGGUGAUACAGGAAGUGGUCCACUGUGUUUUUAAACUCAGAACUGUAAUAAAAUCUUUGGUGAAUCCAA